UGCUCUCCUCCUCCUCCUCCUCCUCUCUCGUCCCUAAGAGGCGUGAGUUUCUGCCAGAGUCAGAACAGACACUCUCUCUACAGAGUUUCAACGGGACACAGCAGCUGUAGGAGCCUUCGCUAACCCAAACUCUCUCUCUCUGCUUUACCAGUUUCAGGCUAGCAGCAGUAGUUUCAAUCAGCAAUGGAGACUCCAAGUCAGAAACGAAGCAGCCGUGGAGGGGUGACCAACGUCCUGUCCCCCACCCGCAUCUCUCGGCUACAGGAGAAAGAUGAUCUGUGCAACCUGAACGACCGUCUGGCAAUCUACAUCGAUAAGGUGCGCUCUCUGGAGACGGAGAACGCAGGUCUGCGUAUGCGCAUCACCGAGUCUGAGACGGAGAUCAGUCGGGAGCUGGGCGGCAUGAAAGCGGCGUACGAGGCCGAGCUGGCGGAUGCCAGGAAGACUCUGGACUCGGUGGCCAGAGAACGAGCCAGACUGCAACUGGAGCUCAGCAAGGUGCGCGAGGACUACAAGGAGCUGAAGGCCAGGAACGGUAAGAAAGAGGCAGAUCUGGAAUCGGCUCUAGCCAGGCUGAAGGAUCUGGAAGCUCUGCUCAACUCCAAGGAUGCGUCUCUCUCCACAGCACUGGGGGAGAAAAGAUCACUGGAGGUUGAAGUCAGAGACCUGAAAGCCCAGCUGGCCAAGUUGGAGGGCAGUCAUAGCGAUGCUAAGAAGCAGCUACAAGAUGAAAUGCUACGACGUGUGGAUGCUGAGAACCGAAUCCAGACCCUGAAAGAGGAGCUGGAAUUCCAGAAGAACAUCUACUCUGAGGAGCUUCGUGAGUCUAAGCGCAGGUAUGAGUCGCGUGUGGUGGAAAUCGACAGUGGCCGGCAGCAGGAUUUUGAGAGUAAACUGUCUGAAGCUUUGACUGAACUUCGUCGACAACACGAAGAGCAGCUUCGCAUCUACAAGGAGGACAUUGAGAAGACCUACAACUCCAAGCUGGAGAAUGCUCGUCACUCGGCUGAUAGGAACAGUAAUUUGGUGGGAGCCGCCCAUGAGGAACUGCAGCAGACACGUUUGAGGAUUGAGGGUGUGACCUCUCAGCUCACUCAACUGCAGAAACAGUUGGCUGCUCGUGAGGCGAAGAUCCGUGAGUUGGAGGAGUCUCUAUCCAGAGAGAGGGACAUCAUGCGGCGGCGUCUGGAGGAGAAGGAUAAAGAGAUGGCUGAAAUGAGGCAGCGCAUGCAGCAACAGUUGGACGAGUACCAGGAGCUGCUGGACAUCAAGCUCGCACUCGACAUGGAGAUCAGCGCCUACCGGAAGCUUCUGGAGGGCGAGGAGGAGAGGCUGCGUCUCUCCCCGAGUCCCCCUCCUGUCCGUGGGGUGACCGUGACCCGCUCUUCUGGUUCUGGCUCUCACGCCCGUGUGGUCCAGAGCAGCACCAGUCGCACCUCUUCCGGCAGCGCUAAAAAACGGCGCUUGAAUGAUAAUGACAGCGAUGCCUCCAGCGUGGUCGGUGGAACUGUCACUCGCACACGCGUCUCCCAGCAGGCCUCUGCUAGUGGCCGCGUGACCGUGGACGAAGUUGACAUGGAGGGCAAAUACGUACGGCUCAGUAACAAGUCCGACCAGGAUCAAACUCUGGGUCACUGGCAGGUAAAGAGGCAGAUUGGUUCCGGCACUCCCAUCAUCUACAAGUUCCCGCCAAAAUUUAACCUGAAGGCGGGACAGACCGUCACAAUUUGGGCCUCAGGAGCUGGAGGAACCCACAACCCUCCUUCUGACCUGGUGUGGAAGACCCAGAACUCAUGGGGCAGUGGAGAUCUGUUCCAGACUACCCUCGUCAGCGCCAGUGGGGAGGAAAUGGCCAUGAGGAAGGUCACACGCACUCUAUUCCAGGAUGAGGAAGAUGAAGAGAUGGCCGCCCAUAGCACAUGCGGGGAUAGUGAGUACAACCUCCGCAGCCGUACGGUGCUCUGUGGCUCGUGCGGGCAGCCGUCAGAUAGAAACAGCACCUGUGUUUCGGCCAGCUCGGGAGUGUCCAGUGCGUCCCGCUCGUUCACCAGUGGAGGGGGGCUGCCCGAAGCUUUUGUGUCACCCUCACACUUCAUCGUGAGCAAUGGCCAACCCAGACAGGCUGGACCCAAACUUGACAACUGCUCCAUUAUGUAGAAGAGCUGAGCUGUAGCCACCUGUCCUUUAACACAACCCAGGAGGAAUUCAUCCCACAACUAGUUUCUUUUUUGGAUUACAUGUCUUAUUACAUUAUAUAUUUUGUACUUCAGUCUUUCUUGUUUUGUAUUUCAUAAUCUGCAGGAUAGAUUUUUGGCUUUUGUAUGGCAUAAGGCUUUAUAUGCUGGCAGCUUGUAGGCUGUAGUUUGCGAUUAUUAUUAUUAUGUACAGUGUGUUACUCUUAUAUAUUUGCAUGGUGGCCCGGCAGCAGCUUCAGAUUCAGAAUAAUCGUACUGUACUCAGGGAGAGAGGCGAACAGAGCACUUCACACUCACACCAUGAGCUCUCCACAAGAAUGCUGUCAGAACGCAACACGCACACUCAAUAAACCCUCUCGAUCAUGUGGCAAAACUCUCAUGUAGAGUACUGGACUAUAGCUGUAGCGCAGGCUGGUUCUUUAGCUCACAUUCAAGGAUGAGUAAACAUACAGUGAGCGUCUGUUAACGUAAGAUCAGGAAAUUAGAGAUUUCAUUUUUACAUUGUCCCAAAAGUUAUUUGUCAGUAGGUGUUAUGGUAUUUUUCAUGCUACCUCUCGCAGUCAGAUGGACAAAAUGAUGUGCACCUACCAAAGGGAAAAGACAGUCAGAAAUUCUAUGCAGUUUUGUUACAGUGAGACUCCAGGAUAUAAAAUACAGAUGCUCUGGAUGUAAAACUGCUUUGUACCUUGAUACAAUUGCUUGCACAACUGAAUAGGUACUUUGUGUCUUUUGGCAGUGCACCUACAAGCUCGGACUAGACUGCAGUAUGUUGUGUCUUGUGUAAUAAGUGUUUAUGGGAUGUUUCUGAAAGACUUGAAGCAACUGUAAAACCAAUCCAAAGAAAAUCACCUUAGCAGUUUGCAUUUGCCAAGACGUUUGUCAACAUUUUAAACAAAAGCUAAUUCAUUGUUUUAGAGGGAAAACUUUUGAAGUCUACUUGCGGAGAUAGACAUCUGAUGUGUUAUGUUACCAGAGAAUCAUGUUGUGUUUAAAGUAUUGAGUACUAAAUGAUUGCAUGCAGCAUUUAAAGAGAUGCAUUUUUGUUUUCAGCCUAAGAGGCAGAAUAUUUAAAAUAUGCAAAAUGACCGCCGUCAUUCCCAGCUUUAAUGUCCUUUUUUACGGUGGUACUUGAAAUGUUUGAGUUUUAUCAUGUACACUAAAACAUUUGUGUUUCUCUAUGGAAUUGAGUGUUGCUUUGCUCUUGUCACUGCUCUCUUACACUAGAUGAUACAGUUCCUCACCUGGACAGCUGUAAGGCUCCAGUAAUCUGAGCAGUCUUUUCCUUCACUGCACAGAUGUCCAGUCCGUUUAGGGCAAUCUGAGAACGAAAGACCAGAUUGACAAAAAUUGGUUUCAAAAAGCUGGAAUAGCUUUCAUCAUAGGAAAUUAGAAACAUAACCGAGCCAACGUACAGCUUUCCAGAAAGAGGACUGGAUAUUGCUGACAUUAAACUUUUAUUUUAUUGCUUAACAAAGCUUUGGGUUUCUAAAAGAAUAUUUUGGGAUAGUAUAUCUAUUUUUUUCUAUAUAUAUAUACAUAUACUUACAAAUUGUGGUUUUCUAUUGCUUAAACAGCCAUUAGCGUUAUUGUAAUAAGCCAUAUCUUUUGAUUUUUUUGAAACUGAUAAUGGAUUGAGGGAUUUCAAUGGACAGGGUGUUUCCAAUUCUAGAGUUUUCUGUUAGUAUACAUUUGUAUCAUCAGACAAAAAGAUUAAAAAAAAAUCUUUAUUUUCUUUAUUUUGAAUUAGUUUUUUUUUUUAGUUAGAUGGCUAAUUUCAUGAAGGUUUUGUAAAAAAAAAAAAAAAAAAAAAAAAAAGUUUAAACAUACUGCAGGGCAAUGCAGGGAAUGUUUUUUUUUUUUGUCUUUAUAAAUAUAAUUUACUGUUUUGUGAGGAAUUUCCUUUCCUAUAACAAGAGCCUUGUUAUAAACGGUGCCUUAAAAUGUUUCAGUUAAAACAAAUAAAACCAUUCUGAAGCCA